AAUUGGAGCAUGCGCACUGCGCCACUGUGAUCAACCGGUGAGAGUGGUUCCUUCUGUGCAUGCGCAGUUCCUGCCACCGUCCAUCAGGUCUCUGCAUCACUCACCCAGGAUCUCGACUGAGGAGUGGUGAUGUUGCGGUGGGCAGCGGCCACACUCUCUCCAGGACUAGAUCGGCGGCUCAUGUGCGAGUGAACGAGGUCGACCCAGUGUGUGUGGCUGACCCGCCCGGUGCAACUCAGAAGGGAUUCCUUAGGUUGAGGAACUGCGGACUGGCUGAGGUCUGCGACCAUGAAGGUCAAAGUCAUCCCGGUACUUGAAGACAACUACAUGUACCUGAUCAUUGAGGAACACACACGGGAGGCCGUGGCUGUAGACGUGGCUGUGCCCAAGAGGCUGCUGGAGAUUGCUGGCCGCGAGGGAGUGUCUCUGACCACGGUGCUGUCCACCCAUCAUCACUGGGACCAUACACGUGGAAAUGCGGAGCUGGCGCGCCUGCAGCCAGGACUGGCUAUCAUGGGAGCAGAUGAGCGGAUCUGCGCGCUAACCCGCAGGCUGGAACACGGAGAGGAACUUCAGUUUGGGGCCAUCCACGUGCGAUGCCUCUUGACGCCGGGCCACACCUCUGGCCACAUGAGCUACUUCCUGUGGGAGGAUGAAUGCCCGGACCCACCAGCCCUCUUCUCUGGUACCUUGCAGCCUGGACUCACCUACCAACCCAAUUCCACUGUGUCCUCCCGACCCCCUUCUGACCCUCUUUGCUCCCUAGGAGAUGCUCUGUCAGUGGCAGGCUGUGGCUGGCACCUGGAGGACACUGCCCAGCAGAUGUACCAGAGCUUGGCCAAGACUCUGGGUACCCUUCCACCCCAGACGAAGGUGUUCUGUGGUCAUGAGCAUACGCUGAGCAAUCUUGAGUUUGCACAGAAAGUGGAGCCCUGCAACAGCCACGUGCAAGCUAAGCUGUCCUGGGCCCAGAAGAGGGAUGAUGAUGAUGUACCUACUGUGCCUUCAACGCUGGGCGAGGAGCUCAUGUACAACCCUUUCCUAAGGGUGACAGAGGAUCCAGUCCGUGCGUUCACAGGCCAGGUGGCACCAGCCCAGGUCCUGGAGGUGCUCUGCAGGGAGCGAGCACGCUUCCAGCUUGCUUCGGAGCCUCCACAGCCCCAGGUCCGGGCACUCCUGGCCUUACAAUGGGGGCUUCUGAGCACAGGCCAGGAAAAGUGAACUGUGUGGGGAGCCUGCUUGUCUCCACACUCCUCUGAACCUCAGGCCGACUGGAACCCUGCCACCCUGACUGCUUAUGGAGCCAUACAAGUGUGGUCUGUAGGAGCUCUUGUGGGUCCAGAGACAUACAUCCUGGGGACUGAGGAGGGUAAAUAAAACUUUGAAAGGCGCAGUGUGGUACCACAGACACACAGCAGAUA